AGGCUUUCGGGUAAUCAUUUGACACCUUAUUCAUAAAUAAGCAUAAAGACUGACUAGUAAUGAAAAGAAGUUACACUUUCAGCCUCUCCUAGCAAAGCUCAAGUCAUCUAAAAGAAAGGUUACAAGAUGAAGUUACUAGGUUGGAUGCAUCGUAAGUUUCGGCAGAAUAGCAACGAUCCAUUUAAAGUUUUCGUCGUUGAACAUUCUUGUGGUUGUCUUUCAGGGCAGCCAUCGCUCGACGAUCAACAAUACUAUCCGAAGCCAAACUGCGGCACGAAAUCCUUCAAACAAGUCCCAAGAGAUCAGCACGUUCGAAAAUCUUUCAACGGUCUAGAAGCAGCUAGGACAGAAGAAGAAUACUACGAAGAAGAAUCAUCUGCUGAAGCAUCUGAGCUCUUCCAUGGAUUUCUUGCAAUCGGUACUCUUGGCAGCUCGGACCAAUUGACCACUGAACCAUCAACUCCAACGCUUGGAAUCUCUGUGGAGAACAUAACCGAAAAAGAAACUGAGGCCACGGAGAACGAGCUGAAGCUCAUCAAUGAUGAAUUGGAGAGAGAGUUGGUGGCUGAUCCGGCGAAGGAUGAUAUUUGCAAUGAUUCAUCUGGAAGAAACAGCUAUGUCAGCAAUGGAAGAAGUAGCCAUGGAAGCACCAUUACCCUUAGUGGGAAGGCACUGGAAGGCGCAGAGAGCAACGGGAUCAAUGGCACUGCGGUGUGCCCGCUCCAGGGAUAUCUAUUCGGGUCGGCAUAUGAAUUGUCUGAAACAACAAGCGUGACAAAGAAGGAACACAGGACAUCCCUUGGUGAGCUAUUUCAGAGGACUAAGUUGGCAGAAGAGAUUUCUGGAGCAAAAUUAAGCAAGGAGGAGAAGCGAGCAGAGAAGGAAGCGGAUAAGUCCGCCAUGCACUUGAUGAAAAAGAUGCUCAAGAAAAAAAUGAUUCACGCUUCUUCUCGUGGCUCCGGCGGAGCUGCUGAUCACGCUUCAGCAGAAACAAAACUCAAUAAGAUCCUUCACAUGUUUCAUAGAAAAGUUCACCCUGAAACCUCGGCGGCUGAGCAAAAACCUGGUAAGUACGAAAGGAACCAAACCAAGAAGAAAACAAGCAGUGAGGGGACUUACAGCAAUGGAGAUCAGGAGGAUGAUAUUAUCUUAUAUCCUCAGCAAGGAUUUUCUUCAAAUCCGAGCAUGCGGCGCUACAAGAGCCAAUCAAACCCGCCCCAAAUCGCGCUUAGCGGCAUGGAUUCAAAUGAUAACAGGGAGCAAUGGAUCAAAACGGAUGCAGACUACCUAGUCCUGGAGCUGUGAAAGGAGAAGAUUCAAAAGUCGUGUUUUUCAAAUUGUGAUGCUUGAUUAGUAAGAAGUGAUUCUCUACAGAUUUCAAUAUUAUUUGUAAGAGUGAGAUUUUACUUGUUGGUAAUAAUUAUCAAAGAAUAUGAGUGGAACAGAUGAAUAAAAGAGGCAUUGAUUCCUCUUAUGAAUCUAUCUGAAUGGUGAAUGUAACUUAUAAGAUCGAUUAUGUACUUUUGCUUGGUGAUCAUAGUUAUAAAAAAUUUUGAAUUU